UUAACAAAUCAUUUGAAUUGGGUGGGUCUCUUUAAGGAGGCAGUUCCCUAAAUUGCAGCUUCAGAUUGGCUGGAGGUUUUUUUAUUCUCUUUCUCUUCUGUUUUUUCUGUCUCUAUGUAAAAUACUGCUUGCGCUGCAAUAAUGUCCCACAAUCGGCAAUAUGCAAACAUGGCAGUUAUUUCAAGUUUAAAGAUUAACUAGGUGUGGUUAUUGUAAGACCAGCGGUGCCAAGUUGUGUGUCUGCACAAGGCUGGUGCCACCGCUGCUACUUCUGCUGCUGAUGUGGAAGCACAAAGAUUGAAAAAAACAUAUUUAAAGGAGUGCCAUUAAACCAGAAGCAAUCACCAUGACCGAGAAGAGGGUAUCGAGAUGGUAUUUUGGAGGACUUGCGUCUUGCGGAGCGGCGUGUUGUACGCACCCCCUUGAUUUGAUAAAGGUACACCUGCAGACUCAGCAGGAGGUGAAGAGUCGCAUGACCGGGAUGGUGAUUCACGUGGUCCGCAGUGACGGUGUGCUGGCACUCUACAGCGGCCUGAGCGCCUCCCUCUGCAGACAGAUGACGUAUUCCCUGACCCGCUUUGCAAUCUACGAGACGGUGAGGGACAGGAUCUCCAGUGGGAGCCAAGAACCCCUCCCCUUUCACCAGAAAGUGCUGCUGGGGGCCUUUGGAGGUUUUACCGGUGGCUUUGUAGGAACUCCGGCAGAUUUGGUCAAUGUGAGAAUGCAAAAUGACGUGAAGCUUCCUGCACACCUGAGGAGAAAUUACGCCCAUGCACUAGAUGGGUUAUACAGAGUAUGGCAUGAAGAGGGGCUAAGGAGGCUGUUUUCGGGAGCAACUAUGGCCUCCAGUAGAGGAGCUUUAGUCACAGUCGGGCAGCUGUCUUGCUAUGACCAAGCCAAACAAAUAGUCUUGAGCACUGGCAUACUAUCAGACAAUAUCUUCACCCAUUUCCUCGCCAGCUUUAUUGCAGGUGGCUGUGCCACAUUCCUGUGCCAACCUCUAGACGUGAUGAAGACCAGACUGAUGAAUUCUAAAGGAGAAUAUCGGGGUGUCACGCACUGUCUGAUUGAGACGGCAAAGCUGGGGCCCUUGGCUUUUUAUAAGGGUCUAGUUCCAGCUGGAAUUCGAUUGGUCCCUCACACAGUACUCACCUUCAUCUUCCUGGAGCAGCUGCGUAAAAACUUUGGGAUGAAAGUAAUUGUCUGAGAAACCCCCAGAACUUUCCGUUCAAACCUUGUGUUUCCAUAGCAACUCAGAAUAAUCCUGGAAUAUAUUUCUUCUGCUAGAGUUCUGUCAGUUCCUCUUGAGCUUCUUUGCUGGUGUUUGUUAGUCUCCAUUAACCUCUAGAAUCAUAAUUUAUUGUGAAUGAAAAAAAAACGUGUCGACUGACUGCUUGAAUCAAUGUGCCCUUUAACAAAUAAAAUAGUUGGUUAAUUUUUACUUUUUUUUUUUUUAAUUCAUAACUACAUGGAAAACCACAUUCCUGAAAUGCCCUAAAAUCAUUUUGCUGUCUCUGGUAGAUACAU